CUGUCAGCUGCUGUUCGUUCGUUUCCACCGUUAAUACUGCAAAAAUCAAUUUCCAAACUUAAACACUCGUUGAAAAAUGUCGGAAAGGACCCACGGCUGCGGAAUUUUCUUGUUCUCGCUGGCGGCCAUUUUUUGGAAACUGGAACUCGCAGGUGCGAUCGAAAAAUUCUGGCUUCCGGACCUGGAAUGGCAAACCCGGGAAAACUGGGAGAAUGGUCUUCUACCGGAAGUGGACAGUCGAGUGGUAUUUCCGGAGGAAAUGAGGCUCGCUGUUGGCCUUCCGAAGUGGAGCUCCGUGAAUUUUGCGGAGGUGGACUUGCCAAGAGAUGGAUCCUUGGCUCUGUCUAUGAAUGGCAAAUUACAGAUCAGCGGGUCGGAGGGAUCCAAAAAGAGGGUCGCAAAAUGGGCGAGGAAAGGUCCUUUAUUCUGGGCAGAUCCUGAAAACUGGAGCACCUCCUCCGAGGCGGUCCCCCAUUUGGAGAGAAUCCCGUGUGUCUCGGAUGUCGCAGUUUUAGCGAAUUCGACGGACAAGAUUUUGAGCAUUCGACAGCCCGACAACGUCAUCAAAGUUCGGGCCGUCAAAAUAGAAAAUAGAUCUCUUCUCUUAUGGCAAUGGACGGAGCUAAGGUCCAACAGAGAGUUCUCCACGGGUCCCUUCAAAGUCGACUAUAGUCUCCGUUUGGCCUGCGACAAUUGUCCUUGUCAAGGUGAUAAUUUUGAUGCGUACUUGGAGGAGGUUUGCAACAUUCAACGACCAAGGUGCGGAUCGACAAUCUGCGCAUAUCCUUUAGAGGUGGAAGGCCAUUGUUGCGAUUUCUGUGGAGGGCGCGUCAGGCUGUCAAGGACCACGCCAUUAUCGACAAUUGAAAGCAAAGUGUCAGAUAUCUUAAAGACAUACGACAACGUCUUGUCAUGGCACAUCCGGAACACCAAGGAUGGCAACCCUGAAGUGUUGAUAGCCGAGAAAGAUGGCUACUCCGGAAUGGCCAGCUACGAAGCCGUGGAGGCUCUGAAGAAGGCUCUCACAGGGAAUUACAUCGAAGUGCUGAGCACGGAAACUGCAGGAGCGGCUCUGAAUGACUCAAACGUUGGACUCGUCUUGGCCUCCGUUUUGGGAACACCUUUUCUCAUUUUUCUGCUCUUCGUCGUAGUUCUUCCAUAUUUCGGAUACAACCCCACGAGUUUAACGGCUGACUUGAGAAGAGGAUGGACCACUUUUCGAACAGGCGUUCGUCAAGAAAACGGGGGAACCAGGAGAUAUCUUGGAUUUGCACGUUUCGAAAAUGUUUCCGAAGCCACCGUGCAACUGGCAGAACCUGCCGAACCUCGAGAAACCCCGCCUGCAACUUAUCCAGCAUCCGGAAGUGGAGGAAGAUUCGAAAAUCCUUUGUACCGGUCGAAAAAACGCGGCCAAAAUGAGGAAAACAUUUUGGACAUUGAAAAGCCGGUCCGUUUGACGACUUUAAAAAAUGCAAUCGGCGACGAAGACGUCGAAGAAGUCGAUCUGGAGAUCGAACAGUGAGAAUGAAUUUUUACGAAAAGAAUGAAAAAAUAAUUCGCGAGACCGUUCCCAUCUCACUUUCCGAUCGCAAAUUUUCAUUAUUUUUAAGAAUGCAUUCUAAUUGCAUCACGACUAAAUUAUGUUAUCCCGACGUUCCGAAUAGUCAUUUGGUUCCGAGCUCCGUGUGAGGAAAUUUCUCGACAUCGGGAAACUCAGCUGGCGGGGGUCUCGAAGAGCUACGGGAAGUGCCAGAUACGAUCCGAACGUAAUUAAGACCGACUCGUGGAUGCGAGUGUUCCCUCGAUUCGAUUUAGCAGGAUCCCUUUAUCGGGUCCCUGGGACGCCGAGAAAAUUUGAUAAGGCUGCAGAUAUCUGCCUCCGAAUCGGUAUACAAUUAGAAGUUGCAAACAGCAGACUUGGGGAAACGGCACGUGAUUAUUUGUGUUUACCAGGAAGCCCUUCCUGGUAAAUACGCCGGUUAGAGAGUAUCCAUUGAAAUGCUUGCAUACAAUUCAACAUGGCGGCUGCCGUUCUCUUCCGCU